CAGCAUCGUGUUAUUUGUACUGACAGUUUUUUGUGACAGUAAACAUGACAGUAUAAAAUAAAGUCCAAACUGUAAAAGUACAAAGGUUGAUUUGUUGCUGAUAGGAAUCCUUUAUUACCAAUAGACAAUAGCCUAGUCAUUCAUUUCAAAUAUCAAUUUUCGUUAGUUAGUGGAUACCUAAUGAAAGGAUCUUUGAAAAUGAAAUUUUCAUUGUACUUGCUGUUAGCAUUUUCAGUCAUAUCAGCAAUCGCACAUGAGGAAGAUGUGUACACUAUCAAAUAUACAGCAGAUAAUUUUUCACAGGAAGUUGCUAAGAAAAAUCACUUUGUCAUGUUUUAUGCACCCUGGUGCGGACAUUGUCAGAAAUUCGCUCCAAAAUGGGAACAGCUUGCAGAAAUGUUGAAUGAAGACGAGAACAAUAAUAUAAAAAUUGCUAAAGUGGAUUGUACAACAGCCAGCGAAGUUUGUUCCGAACAAGAUAUAACAGGAUACCCCACCCUAAAGUUCUUUAAAGUUGGUGACAAUGAAGGGGUAAAGUUCAGAGGUACCAGAGACCUCCCGACAAUCACAACUUUCAUCAAUGAACAACUGCGAGAGGGUGAUGACGAAAUUACUGACACAAACAUUUCCCAACCCGUAGAGGGGCUGCAUGAACUUACAGAGGAAAAUUUCGAAAAUCAUGUUGCAACUGGAAAACAUUUUAUUAAGUUUUAUGCUCCUUGGUGUGGACACUGUCAGAAAUUGGCUCCAACUUGGGAACAAUUGGCUAAAACUUUUGAAUUUGAAUUUGACGUGAGCAUAGGAAAAAUUGACUGUACGCAACACAGGACAAUAUGCAAUAAUUUCGAAGUCAAGGGUUAUCCCACACUAUUGUGGAUUGAAGAUGGAAAGAAGAUCGAAAAGUAUCAAGGGGACAGAGGUCAUAACGACCUCAAACAGUAUGUCAACAAAAUGCUGGGCACCCAAAAGGAAGGACAGGCUGAACAACCUCCAAAAACCGUUACCAAAGACACUUCUGGUGAACUCACUGGUGACACCUUCCAAACCAAUAUCGAGUCUGGCAUAACGUUCGUCAAAUUCUUCGCCCCAUGGUGUGGCCAUUGCAAAAGGCUCUCCCCCACUUGGGACGGCCUGAGAGAGAAGUUCUCCACUAACAGUAAAGUCAAAAUCUUCAAGAUUGACUGUACGUUAGAGGAAAAUAAGCAACUGUGUAACGACGAAGAAGUGGAAGGCUUCCCUACUUUGUUCUUGUACAAGGAUGGAGAGAGAAUAUCAGAGUAUAGUGGCAGUAGGUCUUUGGAGGAUCUGUAUGAGUUUGUGUUGAAGCAUGUAAGACACGACGAGUUGUAAAUUUUUUGAGGUUUUAUAGUUUCAAAUACUUACCAGCAUUUUUUGACUGAUAUCUCAAGGGUGUUCAUCUUGGUAUUUUUUUCAUUGAUUUGUAAUGUAGUGCGUUAUACAGGGUGCUUCAAAUGACUUAAGUGUUGGAGAAAUAGAUCCGAGUUUGAGUUUUCUAGUCAUAUUAUUGAGUUUGUUUUCUUGAAGCUGGUACUCUACAAGAAUAUAUUGAUUUUUCAAUAUUUUCCUUGGAAUUUAAAGAAAACAGUAAAACUGUCAAACCAAAAAGAAAGUUAUUUAUUAUCUUCAUCAAUUCUUUUGAUAAUUAUAUAAUUGUCAUUUUCAAAGACGCAGCGUAUAAACUAUACAACCCUGUAAGUCUAGGAUUUUUUACCCACCUGAAAUUGUUGUGUAUUUUUUUUUUUAUAAAAUCGACAUUUUCUCAUACAACAAGAAAUGAAAAAAAUUGAUAUUAUUUCUUAUUUAAUUCAGAUAAUCUCUAAACUGAUUUUGAUUCUAUUCAUAAUGGAUGUGAAAACGUGUUCAACAUGAAAAUAUAGUUUUUUGCAAAGAUCUGAGCAAUGUUACAAGUUCAUUUUGUUUUUUUUUUCAAAAAUCAUCAAUGCCUCUGUCAUAUUCUGCUAUCUUAAUCAUACAUAUUCCUUUAAGGCAAAAAGUGAUUCAGUGUUUUUCUUUAAAAAAAUGUACAUCCACUUUGUUGGUUUAUAUUUGAUUUAAAGCAUCCAUCAAUUUGAUGUUUAAUAUUUAAUAAAACACCAGUACAAUCUGAUUAUAUAGUAUAAGGAUUUCAUUUGGAGCACAUGUAUUUUUUCUAUGUUGGCUACUCUGUUUGUCAUAAGUGUCAGUUGUCGUUACUUCAGAUACGUCAAUGACAAAUAUACAGGAUUGCCAACUUAGAAAAAAUGCAUGUGCUCCAAACAAAAUGCUUAUCUGAUAUAGUCAAUUUUUGUUUGUUAUAAUUAUUUUUUGAGAAACACUAAAAACUUGCUCUGGAAAAUGAUCUGUGUCCAUAUUUUACAAGUUUGUAUAGGUAUUGUACAUUUCAUUACUCAACAAAUACCAAAUCAAGUUCUUGUGAUUUUCAAUGAGAAAUAUUGGAAUUGUUCAAAUAUACACCCUAAAACACAACUGAAGAACGUUUUCAUUGUUAUUUUCGAUUUCAAACCAGAAAUUAACAAAGGAAGAAUUAUAAUCUUCCUCUAGUGGACAAGAUGAUUCUGUGAACCACAGAGUUUGUUAUUCUAGGAUGAACUAAUAUCUACAGCCCCCAUGGGCUGCCGAGUUUCAUAACAGUUAUGAUGCCAAAAAUUAGUUUAUUGGUAUUAGAAGUAUCAAAAUAUAUAUUUCAGAUUUUAUUUUUCAAAUAAUAACUAUUAUCAAAUCAUUAUACACGGCGACAUUCAGUAUUUUAUGAGGUAAAAAAUCUGAAAUUGGGAAUAGAGGUAUUGAUCAUCGAAGUCCAUAUUUUUAAUGAUAAAACAAUUGAAAAUCUAUAUGGGGUUGGAAAUGAACACAAGUCAAUAAAUUCAGACCAUUCAAUCGAAUAUAAAAUUAUCUUUUCAAUUUCCAUUAAAACUGUCAAUUUUCUCCAAAUGAAUUAUGGCAUCACUAUGGGGUUAUCUUAAGAAAUAUUGUCAAACAAUUCAAUGUAGGGAGAAACAAACUAUACAGCUGCCGGACUGAGUCAUGGCCGGUGAGAGACCUUUCCCUCAAAAUGAGCAGUAGAUGUGUAGAAAUCUGGUUAUCAGUAUCUUAGAUUAUUCGAGCCGUAAACAUCAAAAUUCAAGACCAUAUUCAGUUAGUGAUGGAGUUCAAAAGUAAAUUGCAUAAACAUAUUUUUAAUAGUCAAACUCGUGAAGAUACAAUACGAUUUCUCCCACAGGCCAUGACUCAGUCCAGUAGAUGUACCUUUAUUCCAAUUUUCAAAUUGUUUACCUCAUAAUGCAUAGUUGUUUUAGAUAUUAUUGAGCUGUUACAUUGCUUCGGUUGAUUUCAUUUUACAAAUAUAAAAAUACUGAAAAAUCUAGAGGUGAUCGAAAAUAGAUCUGAAGGCUUCAUCCGAAAUUGACUAUUCAUUUAUUGAACAAAUAAUUUUUUUCAAUUUGUCAGAUUUUUUCUCUACACUUUUUAAAUCGAAAAUUAAGAGAGAUUUUGGCAUAUACCAUGAGAAGUGAAAUUUUUUUUUUCAUCUUUUGUAUAUGCUUUUUUGAAUCUUGCUACUGAGAAAAGUGGCUCACAUAUUUGAGACACCCUGUAUUAGAGUUUACAGAUUCAGAUGCUUAUUGAAAUUUCAGACCCAACUGAAAUUUUGAGUGUUGCAAAAAAUAUUGUUUUACAACAUUCCUGAAUGUUGUUUUAUGACCAGACAGUAUUCAGUUGAAAUAGAAACUUAACCUAAGGCUAGUACUUGACUGAUACCAAGAACUAUGACUAGAAAGUUGAAUUAUGUUUUAAUAAAGAUUGAGCUCAAAAUGAAACAGGCGGUAUUCUUAGGUUUAGUUCUUGAUUAUCAGUUACUAGUUUCAUUUCUUGGGCAUUGUUGGAUAAAAACUGACAAAUCAGAAUGAUUCCCUUAGAAAUUGUAAGCUAGAUGUUUUUCAUUUCACUGCAGAAUUUGAAAGUUCCACAAGAUUAAAUUUCACAUCAAUUAUACUCUUUCUUCUUUGUGUGUAGGUAAUUCUUAGUGUUUGUUUUUUUCUAGAGAAGUGUUUGUGGUUCUUCAUUCACAAGUUCAUUUUUUGUUUUGUUUUUUAAAAUUUUAUUUGUAAAUAAAGUUUGAUAAGAUAUUGA